AUGGAUUUAGCAUUUUACAACAACAACAAGUACACACUUAAUUACCAAAAUGAAGUCACGAAGAAAAUAGUGAGGAAGAUACUGAACAAGUUGGGGGAGAACAAACAGGGCGAGUCGCCUGUCACGGCUGACUACAGCAGAAAAAAAAUCGUGGACUACUUCGCCGAGGCCGAGCUGCUGUUCACCCUGCACGACCUUUCCCAGUCAGGCGAAGUGGACAUAGAGUUGUUUCCCCAAAUGGCCAGGCAACUGAAGCAAGUAUACGACGCGCCACAAGUAAGGAAAUUCAAAAAAGAAAUGAACAUAAAAAAAAUACACAAAAUGAAUUUACCCAUGUUUCUGACUCUACUGAAACGAAAGCUGUUCCAAGUCAUUGACACGGAUGACACGUUCGACAAGCAUUUUAACGUCUUGGAUAUGCAAAAAAAAAACACCGUUGAUUUGGACGUCCUACGGACAUAUUUAGGGUUGGUGGGUGAUAAAGUGAGUCCCGAAGAUUUUGACUUUUUCGUGAAGUGCAGCACGGAGGGGGAAGGGGGUGCCGUUCCGUCCAGUGAUGACCCCACCCGCUUGCUUGCGAUCACCGCAAAGCAGUACAGGGACAUGCUCACGUGUUAUCAGCAAAUUUGA